AUGGCGGCUUCAACCCCGGUUACGGGCUACGAUCCCGCCUCACAUCGAGUGGUUACCACGGAUGUCACCCCGGUGGACCAGGAUGUCCCUACCCAACAUGAGUAUCUUGAAGAUAUGAUCCAACUUUGGCAACGCAAGCAACGCAAGUCCCCUCCCAAGACGCCCAAGCUCAAGGGGACGCCGGCUGCCUCGCAACCGGCGUUUGCGGGAAUGUCGACGCACCUUCUCCCAGGAGGUGCUCCCAACUCGUCUCCUCCUCAGGCGCCACGUAAGCCUGCUUGGCGGCCGCGAUACACGCCCCGCAUAGGACGUGAUGACCUCAUCGUUGUGCUCAAACCAAGUGCCUCAUUUGACUUCAAGACGGUGCUCCCAUCGGAACGCGCUAGUGACGCGGUGCGUGCCUUUCUGGGGGACUGCUCGGCUGCCGACCUCCACGUGUGGCCAGUGUGGGACCGAAAUGUGCUAGUGUGCAGCCUCACCUCGAUCCCUAUUGCUCAACGACUCCUUGGUGACAUCAUGCUACCCGUAGGGGACCAGCAGCUCCCGUUUCGGGGCCACGCCAAGGCGUCUGGGGACAUCGGCCGCGGCGUCAUCAACAUCGACCCGGCUGCAUCGUCCUCGAGCAUCAAGCCGAAUCUGGAGUGGCCGAAAGGCACUAUCCUCGCGGCCCGCAAACUCGGGGACUCCAACGUGGCGGUUGUGACCUUCGAGGGCCCGAAGCCGGUCUCUUCACACCCGGCCUCGCCACCACCUCGUACUCCCCAUCAAGGCCACGCGCCCUUGACUCAACCCAAGUCCGGCUCCCGGUCCAAGGCCCCGCCACCGGCUACUCCGGAACACUUCCCGCCACUCGCGGCUCCACCUCAGAACUCCGAGCUUCAGCGCCAGGUUGCUGCUCUGGCCAAGCAACUCGAGUCCCUUCGCUCCCAACUCCUUCCCCCCCAACCCAAGUCGGCCCUUCCAAUUGCCGCAGUGGCCGUUUCCCCCCAUCCCAACCCCAGUUCUUCUUCUCCCCCCGGGCCUCCCUCCCAGGAGCACCCGCAAAUUCGGGCAGUCGCCGCCGCGGUCUCGCAAGAUCCCUCCUCGGCCCUUCCCCCAAUUCAGGUCCCCCUGGAUGAUCUUCCUCCGAUUGAUACUACUCUUCCCAUUCAAGACCGUCUCACGGGUCUCGAACAACGCAGCCUUACCAUGGAGCGUGCACUACGAGCCCUACCCGAUCUCCUCAUUCAACGCAUCGGAGAGACCAUCGUGCCAAAAAUUACAGCUGAGGUUCUCAAGGCCGUUCAGAUAUGGGCGUGCUCUCAAUUCAGGUUCAAAAAGUCGCGCUCGCGCUCGGCGUCUCCCAACGCCACCUCACGCCGCCGCAAACUCGCUGGGACCGCUAACACCCCCUUCAAUCCGGUACUCAUUCCUCCCUCUCCUGCUCCUCCAGUACCGGACCCGGUACUGGUGCCGGCCCAGGCGAUGGAGGACGACCCCUAA